UACUGUAUUAUAUUUCAAAGGGACAUUUUUUAAAUUAAAGCACCUGAGUAUUUUUCUAUUGCUGCCAUAACAAAUUAUCGCAAAUUAAUGGGUUAAAACAAUGCAAAUCUACUAUCUUACAAUCUGUAGAUCAAAGAUCCAGCACGGACUGGACUAAACUGGACUAAAGCCAGGGUGUCUCAGGGUGCUUCCUGUCCUGGAGGCUGUAGAGGAGAAUUUGUUUCCUUGCCUGUUUCAACUUCUGGUAGCCUCCUUCCUCCAUCUGCAGGAGCCAGCAAGAGCAAGUCCAGUCCUCACUUUGCCUCCCUCUGACCACAGCUGUGAAAGGUUUGCUCCUUUUAGAGGAUUCAUGUGACUACUUUACACCCAUUUGGAUAAUCUCCCCAUCUCAGAUCUUAACCUUAAUCACAUCUGCAAAGUCUCUUUUGUCAUGCAAGGUAACGCAUUCACAGAUUCUGGUGAGAAGGGCAUGCACAUUUUUGGGAGGAAUGGAUGGGUAUAUUGCCUUCUCAGUGGUUGUUACAGAGAAUCACCAGGAAUAGUGAAGGAUCCAAACUGGUUACAGAGAAUCAGACAAAGAAGAAUUGAGAUGAUCCUAAAAUUUCAUGUCGAGGACAGAAUGAGAUAAUGUUUGUAAAAUGAUUAGUGCACUAAGUACAUAAUAAAUGGUUUUUGCUUUGAAGGCUAGUGCUACAAAUUACAGACCUAUACUAGCUCAGAAGGGAAAGAAGCUUAGGGAUGUGAAAGGGGAUGAGGCAGCAUAACAUUUUGCUGGCAGAGAACAGAAUUGUGGAUCCAAGUUCUCACUUUACAUUAGAUUGGCAGGUGAUUUAAAUGUCAGGAAGCACUAAAUUUAAUAAGAACCCUGAUUUUCCUAGCUAGUAAAAAUUGGGAACAAUGGGGGUGAUGGGAGACUCCAGUAGAGAAGCAACUUUCUGGCCUUUUUUUCUGGCCAUGACUGCAGAAUGUACAGAUUCUGAGGAAUUAGGAAAACUUUUAUCAGAGGAAGAAAACAAGAUUUUUUGAAGCUCAGAGGACUAUCAGGGUUUUUUUGUUUGUUUGUUUUCCAGCAACAUUUAGGAAUAAAAUCCCCUCUGAAGCCAAAGCCCAGCCAUUAGGGAUUAUUGAGAUUUCUUUCAGGUUUUCCCAAUAAUCUUCCUUAAAUUUGUCUCUUUAAACACAUUGAAAUGGACCUUUAUGAAGUUGCUGGUCAGUGGUUAUCAAGCAAGUGGUUAAAUUAACAAGCCCUCCCACCUCCCUCACGGGGUGGCAGCUCUCAAGGCCACAGUAAAUGUGUAUCUGCAGGAACCUGACCCAGCAACAGCCAGUGAGGGAACAAAGUUUAGUCUGUGAAGAAGCAGGUGGCUUGCCGGUAGUUUCCUGCGGUCGGUUCAGACUUCAGCUUGCUGUGGUGUUUCGGAGCCCUCUCUCACGUCAGAUCUCCAUUCGAAUAGUGCUCUGAGUGCCGUCUCAGGACCUCGGGCACACUCAUGGCACGAUGGCCGGCCCUCAGGAGCACCUGAGCUGCUCCUCCUCCCCGCGCGGACCCGUGAGUGAAAGCAAAACCUUCAGUGGACUACGAGAUGAGCUGGCCCCAGUGGGGAGCCACCAGUCACCCAAGCUCCCUAAGGACCAGCAGGAGAAGGGGGCGGUGCAAACAGAGCUAACCGAGGGUGUGCACAGCCCUGCGGCCACAACAGUGUUGACAAGUGUAAGCGAGGACUCCAGGGACCAGUUUGAGAACAGCGUCCUUCAGCUGAGGGAACAAGAUGAGUCAGACGUGGCCGUGUCGCAGGGGAACAGCAACACUGCAGACCGAGAGAGCGUGAGCGGAACUGAUGACGUCAAGAUUCAGUUCAGCAGCUCGGGCAGCAGCGGUGGUGGGUUUCUGGAAGGACUGUUCGGAUGCUUAAAGCCUGUGUGGAAUAUCAUUGGGAAGGCGUAUUCCACUGAUUACAAAUUACAGCAGCAAGAUACUUGGGAAGUGCCAUUUGAGGAGAUCUCAGAGCUGCAGUGGCUGGGUAGUGGAGCCCAAGGAGCUGUCUUCCUGGGCAAGUUCCGAGCAGAGGAGGUGGCCAUCAAGAAAGUGAGAGAGCAGAAUGAGACGGAUAUCAAGCAUUUGAGGAAGUUGAAGCACCCUAACAUCAUCGCUUUCAAGGGUGUGUGUACUCAGGCCCCGUGCUAUUGCAUCAUCAUGGAAUACUGUGCCCACGGGCAGCUCUACGAGGUGUUACGGGCUGGCAGGAAGAUCACGCCUCGAUUGCUAGUAGACUGGUCCACGGGAAUUGCAAGUGGAAUGAAUUAUUUGCACCUUCACAAAAUUAUUCAUCGUGAUCUCAAAUCACCCAAUGUUUUAGUGACUCACACAGAUGCAGUAAAAAUUUCAGAUUUUGGUACCUCGAAGGAACUCAGCGACAAAAGUACCAAGAUGUCCUUCGCUGGCACAGUCGCGUGGAUGGCACCAGAGGUGAUACGAAAUGAGCCCGUCUCUGAGAAAGUCGAUAUAUGGUCUUUCGGCGUGGUGCUGUGGGAGCUGCUGACGGGGGAGAUCCCGUACAAAGACGUAGACUCUUCCGCCAUUAUUUGGGGUGUUGGAAGCAAUAGUCUACACCUCCCGGUUCCUUCCACUUGCCCUGAUGGGUUCAAAAUCCUUAUGAAACAGACAUGGCAAAGUAAACCUCGCAACCGACCUUCCUUUCGGCAGACGCUCAUGCAUUUAGACAUCGCGUCUGCGGAUGUUCUUGCCACGCCGCAAGAAACUUACUUCAAGUCUCAGGCUGAAUGGAGAGAAGAAGUAAAGAAGCACUUUGAGAAGAUCAAAAGUGAAGGAACUUGCAUACACCGAUUAGAUGAAGAACUGAUCAGAAGGCGCAGAGAAGAGCUCAGGCAUGCUUUGGAUAUUCGCGAACACUAUGAGAGAAAACUUGAGCGGGCUAAUAAUUUAUACAUGGAGCUGAGUGCCAUCAUGCUGCAGCUGGAAAUGCGGGAGAAGGAGCUCAUCAAGCGCGAGCAAGCAGUGGAAAAGAAGUAUCCUGGGACCUACAAACGGCACCCUGUCCGUCCAAUAAUCCACCCCAAUGCCAUGGAGAAGCUCAUGAAAAGGAAAGGCGCGCCUCACAAACCUGGGGUGCAGACCAAACGGCCAGAUCUGUUGCGAUCUGAAGGUAUCCCCAGCAUGGAGGUGGCUCCCACUGCAUCCCCCCUGUCUGGAAGCCCCAAAACGUCCACCUCAAGCAGCAAGAGCCGAUACCGGAGCAAACCACGCCACCGCCGAGGAAAUAGCAGAGGCAGCCAUAAUGACUUUGCAGCAAUCUUGAAAAACCAGCCAGCCCAGGAAAACUCCCCCCACCCCUCUCACCUGCACCAAGCUGAAUCCCAACUCCCUUCUCUGCAGCAGCAAUACCAGCAACCCCCUCCCGCCACGUCUCAGAGCCACCAUCCCAGGCUCAAUACGCACGGACAGGACAUCGCGACCUGCGCCAACAACCUGAGGUAUUUUGGCCCCGCAGCAGCCCUGCGGAGCCCCCUCAGCAACCAUGCUCAAAGACAGAUGCCUGGCUCUAGCCCUGACCUCAUCUCUACCGCCAUGGCCGCAGAUUGCUGGAGAAGCUCUGAGCCGGACAAGGGCCAGGCUGGCCCCUGGGGCUGUUGUCAGGCUGACCCUUACGACCCCUGUGCACAGUGCAGACCAGAGCAGUGUGGGUCCUCAGACGUUCCCUUUGCUGAGCCAGCGGGGAGGAGCCCCGACCUUUUCAAGUCACCAGCACACAAUCUGCUCUCGGAACAUGCCCAAGGUUCUGAGAAAAUGGAAGAAAAUGAAUUCAAUGGCUGUAGGUCUGCCUCAUCCCUUGGCGUCCCUCACCACGUCACCCCGCCAGUGCUACCUCGAAAAGCAAGGCCCCUUCAAAAGAGUGGAGAUGAGUCCUCAGAAGAGGAAGAAGGGGAAGUGGACAGUGAAGUUGAAUUUCCACGAAGACAGAGGCCCCAUCGCUGUAUCAGAAGCUGCCAGUCAUAUUCAACCUUUAGCUCUGAGAAUUUCUCGGUGUCUGAUGGAGAGGAGGGAAAUACCAGUGACCACUCGAACAGUCCUGAUGAGUUAGCUGAUAAACUUGAAGACCGCCUGGCAGAGAAGCUAGAUGACCUGCUGUCCCAGACGCCAGAGAUUCCCAUCGAGAUAUCCUCGCAUUCAGACGGGCUCUCCGACAAGGAGUGUGCCGUGCGCCGCGUGAAGACGCAGAUGUCUCUGGGCAAGCUGUGUGUGGAGGAACGUGGCUAUGAGAAUCCUAUGCAGUUUGAAGAAUCGGACUGCGACUCUUCAGAUGGGGAGUGUUCUGACGCCACCGUGAGGACCAGCAAGCACUACAGCUCUGCCACGUGGUAGCAAGGGAGCGCCCACCCCGAGGAUGUCACCACAGCACUGGCAUUGCAAAUCCGCCCCACCCCCGGUUCUUCCCGCUCUCUCCCUGCUUUUUCAGUCUGGGAAGGGAGCUGUCCCAUCUUUCUUAUCCCUAGAAAUGAGCUGCAAUAACAGGAACAUGAGACUUCACAAAUCUCUGGAAAAAAAUAUCCAAAUGAGAUUAAGUCUCACUGAACAUUUCAAUCAAGAAUGGCAGGGAUCUAUUUUAUUGAAUAUUCUAGCUACUGUAACAUUGAUAUUUAUUUUUGUUUGACAUUUUAACACUUUGUACUGUAAAGAUUGAACUAUAUAUGAUAUAUAGAAAGAGACACAAUAAUUUCUUGCAAAAAAAGAGACAGAAAGAAAGGAGAAAAAGACCAGUGGAAUUUAGGAGCUACAUUCUUGGGAAUUUGUGGGGCCAAGAUGUAUUAUUGCUACUCGAACAGGGGACCAGUUCUUUUGACCAGAGUGACUGAAGAAGAGCCAGAGCAAGACAUGCUGAGCAUUUUAGGAAACAAGAACAGCAAGGGAGAAGCCACCCCAGGUAACCUGUGAUCAGGCCACAGUAGAUUCGACCAGCUCAUCUGAUGGGCGAUGGAAAUGACCUAGAAAAGCCUGGUGACCAGAUACUUGCACCCAGGGUCUCUGAGGCCAUGGGCUGCCUCUAGGUGGGAAAGAAAACUGUGUGUGUGAGGACUGGUUUCAUUUUUUUAAACUUUUAAGCAGCAUUUGGUUGCAAGGACUUAACAGAUAGAGUCAAACCUUCCUCAAAUACCUUUUACAUGCUGUCAUUGUCAUUACCUUGACCAAUGUGCCAUUUUCUUGUAGCCAUUUCCUUUCCACCCGUUGACCACUUCGAUCAGGGAAGAGGGGAGGGCUGCAGAGGAGAGAGGGACGAGAGAAAACGGAAACUGACAUCGGUGUCAGAGAAGCACGUGCGAAGUCUGUGCCAGCUUCUGGGGAGGCUGGACUCGCCCCUCUCUGGAACCGGGUCGCUUGUCUACUAGAAUCGUAUUGAUUCAAACAGGAGAACAGACUUCGAAGGCAGCUAGGACGUGUGUGAGUCUCCCUGGUGUCCAAUCCCAAACCAAACCCUGGUGUUACUCAUUAACUCCUUCUAUCCUGUAAGCUUUAGUGCCUGGCUACCGCUAUCAGAAUAAAGGCAAAAUAAACAACCUUGCAAAAGGCAACACCUGCCCCAGCCACCACCACAAUAGCAUUUUUCGUUAAAUGCUAUUUGUAAAAUGCAUUUUCCUUCUCUUUGGGUCAGUACAGUUUUAAAUAAUUGGAUUGGGCAGUUCGUGGGAAGAACAGCUGAUGCUGAGCAGCAGUUAGGAAGAUGUCGCCUGGCCCAAGGCAUGAGGUCCUUCCCGUCCAGGGUCACGGGCUCUGAAAAGCAUCCCAAAGUACUCCACGGUACCUCAGCUUUAAGCUAAUUUUUCUGUAGAAUUUUACACAAAAACAGGUGUUGGCCUAGUUCCUGUCUCUGUCAAACAAUGCCUCCAGGCUCAGAUCUGCAGAAGGCGGCCGCACUCUGGCACAGCAGCACGCCCACCCUGAGGGCAGACUUGCGUGUACAGGGACAGACCAUUCCCUGCGCGGACGGAGCUGCAUCGGCCGAACAGGAAAGGCAGGAGGGAAUUCAGAGCAGUUCCUUUUGCUUAUUUGACCCCUCCUUUUGUUUACAAUUUAUGUUGAGAUAUUAAUUUAAAAUUUAGUGUCUAUAAUUUAUAGAUCUUAGGAAAAUGAAGGAAAAAUGUUUAACUUAUACAGAGAGCAGUAUUGUUUGCGUUAAAUUAUUCCAUUUUGUAUAAAUUCUGUAGCUGGACUACAUGAAAGAUCUUAAGUUAUGGCAUUAUUAUCAUUGUUAUUUUAUUUUAUAAUAAUUAUUCUCAUUUUCUGUCGAUCAGAAGGUGUGGUUUACAAUGUAGCACAAUGAUUGUGUUUAUUGCUAACCAUGAGUUACCACGAAUUUUUAUGAUUUUUAUGAAAAUGGAACUGCCCCUCGGGAGCUCUCCCGUGCCCCCCGUACGCACACCCCUCGUCCUCUCUGUUCCGCAACAAUCACCCGAGGACGCGCGUUCUGCCCCGGAGCCUGGUGGCUGCGUGGUGAUUCCGAUUUCCCCCGACAGCGCCUGGGCGGGCAGAUGGCCGAGUGGAUGGACAAAGAGUUCAAAAGCUGUAACCUUUCUCAAGUUUCUUAAGAAAUAAAAUCAUGAGACUA